AGUGGCUAUAAAGUGCAGGUUAGGUUGGGAAUAUUUAAUCAGAAUCUCCCAGUACUUGACCAACACCAUGAUCCCGUGGACAGUGUGGGCUCUUUUUUUGGGUACACUUCUCACAAGACAAGGCACCGCAGCUCAGAAUUGUGGAGUAGCACCCCUGAACACAAGGAUAGCGGGAGGCGAGGAUGCCCAAGAGGGUUCAUGGCCCUGGCAAGUCUACCUGGCUGUUAAUGGGCAAUUCACCUGUGGAGGGAUGCUAAUUAGCAAUGAAUGGGUACUCACUGCUGCCCACUGCAUCAACACUGUUUCAUUACCUCUGUGGACCCUAUACCUUGGAAGACACAAUCAGAGUGGACCCAAUCCCAAUGAAGUGUCCAGAAACCUGUCGCAGAUCAUCCAGCACCCUGACUACGCAUCGCUAACCCGUGAAAACGAUGUCGCUCUAAUGAAGCUCAGCACCCCUGUGAAUUACACUAACUACAUUCAGCCCAUUUGCAUUGCAAGUAACUCCAGUCAGAUCCGCAAUGGCACCAUGUGCUGGGCCACAGGCUGGGGCCAACUGACAAACUUAUCAGGCACACCAAAGACGCUGCAAGGAAUUGAGGUCCCCAUCAUUGAAAAUAACCAAUGCAGCAGCUACUUCCCAUCUGGAGCUCACACGUUCAACAACAACAUAAUCUGUGCCGGGCUGAGGGACAAUGGAGCAUGCAUGGGUGAUUCAGGUGGACCUUUGCAAUGCAAACAAGACUCCAGGUGGAUCCAGGUGGGAAUUACCGGUUUCGGCAUGCCCUGCACCACCGGCACCGCCCCUGAAGCCUACACCCGUGUGUCAUUUUUCCAGAAAUGGAUCAGAGAACAAGUGCCAGGGGCAAACAUUGGCGUGGUUUGGUCCAACUCCAGUGACCCUCGCCAUGACAGCUACACGUGUGGUGCACUGUCUAUAACCCAGUCAACCUUAGCGAGUUUCUCUUGGCUUAGCAUUUUGCUCCUCCUGCAGGGCUUUCAAGCUGUGUGAUAAAACAAAAUCUGUGUGACCUUGCUGGAUUUAGUAUUCAGUAUUUAGCACUUGAUGAUGAACAACCUGGAUGUUGUUUUUGGCAGGGAAAUCUAACAUAAACAGUCAAAUACGUAACUCAAGUUAGAAUAUUCAUUCAUUUUCUAACGCUUAUACUCACGAGGGUCGCAGGGGUUGCUGGAGCCUAUCCCAGGUUUGGGUGAGAGGCAGGGUACACCCUGGACUGGUGGCCAGCCAAUCACAGGGCACAUAUAGACAAACAACCAUUCACACUCACAUUCAUACCUAUGGACAAUUUGGAGUCGCUAAUUAACCUAGCAUGUUUUUGGAAUGUGGGAGGAAACCGGAGUACCCGGAGAAAACCCACGCAUUCAUGGGGAGAACAUGCAAACUCCACACAGAGAUAGCCAAGGGUGGAAUUGAACCCUGGUCUCCUAGCUGUGAGGUCUGCGUGCAAACCACACGACCGCCGUGCAGCCCCCAAGUUAGAACAAUUAAAAGAAAAUAAAAAAAAUACAAAAAUGGGGCCCAAAAUUCCUGCUCAAUUCCUAAUUCCUGUCUGAAGCAGAAUCCAUUUUCCUUAGAACCGCUUCUGAUUAGUCAUUAAAGGAGUUCAGUUCAUGAACAGUUUUGCAGACCCAUUACAAUAAAUGAAAUGUUUUUUUGGAGCUGAUUUUAUUAAACGGAUUAAAGAUGCUCUAUAGCAACCCCACAGCAUCAAUUAAAACUAAUAAUCUGAUUUCAAAACAAUUUAUUUUCAGGACAUGGAUGUCUCGUAUCCGGUUUAUUAUUUAGGUAUUUAUAUUAUAUUAUUAUUCGUGUAUUGUGAAACUGGGCGGGGAUGAAGCUGGGGUUGUUGGUUGUGUCCUUUUUGUCUGCUAAUUAAAUGAAUUUUAUGAUGAUAACACUGUACAAAUGUAUUGAUUAGAAAGCUGCAGAGCAAAAUGACAUAAUAUCACACAGGAAAUUACCGUAUUUUCUGGACUAUAAGUCGCUCCGGAGGAUAAGUUGCACUAGGCCAAAAAUGCAUAAUUAGGUAGAAAAAAACAUACAUAAGUCGCACCAGAGUAUAAGUCGCACCAGAGUAUAAGUCGCACAAGGCCAAAAAUGCACAAUUAGGUAGAAAAAAACAUACAUAAGUCGCACCGGAGUAUAAGUCGCACAAGACCAAAAAUGCAUAAUUAGGUAGAAAAAACCAUACAUAAGUCGCACUGGCAUAUAAGUAGCACAAGGCCAAAAAUGCAUAAUUAGGUAGAAAAAAACAUACAUAAGUCGCACUGGCAUAUAAGUAGCACAAGGCCAAAAAUGCAUAAUUAGGUAGAAAAAAAACAUACAUAAGUCGCACUGGAGUAUAAGUCACAUUUUUUCCAAAUUACCUAACCAAAACAGACAUUACGUCCUCUUGGAAGGCAACAAGGUUCUAACAUUAAUAAAAGAAUAGAGAACAGGCUGAAUAGAUGUAAGAUAUGCUAACACAAUGGUUAUUCAGCUACCCAAAAAUAAACAUAAACAUAAAAGGUGUCCAGUGUAAAUAAACAGUUUUUUUCAUUUAUAAGUCACUCUGGAGUAUAAGUCGCAGGAACAGCCAACCUAUGAAAAAAAGUGUGACUUAUAGUCUGGAAAAUACGGUAAUAAUUUCUGUUCUUCAGUAAUAAAAAAUAUUAAUAAUCCUAAAAGUGUCCCUUUACUUACCCGGUACUUGGCAGUUUACAAGCAUCUCUCACUUCUUGCGAAUGUUUAAAUGUGAUUAUAAAAUGUAAGUAAGUAAGUAAAACACCAUAUAAGGGUAAACGCUUUAUUCCAUUGAACCAGUAUUAAGGACAUUACUGCAGUUGAUGGAAUCAGUCCAAUGGAACGUAGUACAACCUGUGUAAAAACAACAUGGGAAUUUUUACCUGUGCAAUGGCAUAAGGUUAAGGGAAUGGUGGCAAAUCUUCUUGCCGCAGCGACAACAACCAAGAGUUUUUUUUUUCACUCUCGUUCACUAACCAAGAUGUUUUUACAAUAGCAGAUAGAAGUCCUACGACUUUCCACGGUGUAGUAAUAAUGUAUGAGAGUACGUGUUUGUGCUUAAUAGGCAUGGUUAGCCACAAACAGAGACUCUCCACCGGCAGCACUGGAUCCGGAGGUAACGUAUUUUCCCUGGCAUGCUUGGCUGUUGGCCUGGAAGAAGAAAAUGAGAUGAUAAAUAUAUAAUGCAACACCAUGAUAUAAAUAUUGCAUUCAUUCGAUCUUGAACUCACCAGAGCUCUCUUGAUGAAUUCCUCCUGGCAUGCCUUUCCAUUCUCCUUCUUGCCACCCCAAGCCUUGAGGGCGGAUGCCUGCAGGGCACGUCCGUACGAGAAGGUCAGCGCCCAGGGCCUGUGCAGAGGACACUGGUUCAUGGCGUUCAGGUUGACGGAAGCUUCCUCUUCACUCUGGCCGCCAGACAAGAAGGUGAUUCCUAAGCAUGGAGAUCGAUUGACUUGAGUAAAUGCACACAAAUUAUGAAAUAGAAUUUACAACAUCUGAGGUUCGUCGCACCGGGGACGGCUGGGGGCACGGUGCGGCGGAGGGCGGUAACAGUUGCCAUGGCGAUCUCCUGAUUGCUGUACUUGAAGGAGCAGGAGUGGCCGGCGGUUACCAUGUUGGGUUUGAGCAGAGUUCCCUCCAGGUAGACGUGGUGGUCUGACAAAGCCUUGUAAACGGCAGCCAGGACCUUCUCAGUCACAUACUGGCACCUCUUCAGGUCAUGGUCACCGUCAGGGAGGAUCUCAGGUUCCACGAUAGGGACGAUACCAUGCUGAGGAGCACAGAAAGUAUACUUAAAUAUACCAUUGAGGUA